UUAAAGGUCAUAGCGAUCAAAUUAGAACAAUAUUUUUUGUGACAACAGUCUGCAUCUGUUGAUUAAAAUUUGAAACAUAUUAUGCUUCUAAACAAGGUCAACAGUUUUCAUCAACUCGUAGACGACGAAAAUAAUUAAAAUCACUUUGUAUUAUGUCCAUACUUUCACAUAUUGUGCGUUUCGUCUGCCCCUACUCAAGAUACAAGUGCAAGUGUCCGCGAAAAUGAUCUGUACUUUGUUUUUCGCAAUCACAACGUUACAUGAACAUGGAUGACCUAAAAUGCGAAUACAUAAAGAAAAAAAGAUGCUUCGGAGUGUUUCAAGGAGUGCAAAGUGAAGAAAUCGUAAUGUUUUUUACACAGAUUAUUGACUACAGUGAACGAAAUCGUGAUAGCAUCGCCUAACGAAUGGUGUACGGCUCAAGUACAAAAAGUGAAAAUGUGAUGUGUCAAAAUGAUUGUUUACCUCGCGGUGGACAGGUGAGCGGUUCGUAGAAGUGGUACGCGGGGGCGGCGGGAGGCGGGAGACGGUGGCAUGUCGGGUCGCGCGAGCCCCGUCAACGGCGGGUACGAGGCCGCCAGCGCCGAGCCCGCCGUCAGCGUGCGCCUCACCGUCCGCAAGGACCUGUUCCCCGAGGUGCGCCUGCCCAAGCUGCACACCGAGGACACAUCCGAUGACCAGACUGACCAGGAUGAUCUUGAAGACCUCGACUCCAUCUCCUGUGUCAAGCUCGAAACUGAUUUCGAGCAGAGUAUAGAUGAGAUUGCCAACCAGAAGCUACAAGUGGCUAAUGGGGCAUUGCCAUCUCCCACUAGGGCUCGACACAGAAAGCACAAGCAGCAUUCCAGACGGGAUGCUGAUAAGUCCACACUUAAUGGCUGUCUGCCUCCAGAAAAACGGAAAAAACGUUCAACACGGGGGUCCAAACAUAGGAAACAUUCAUCGAACAAUAUGUUACAAGUGAAAGGUGGCAAAAACCUGAAUUUAGUGAGUAGUAGUGAGUGUCAAGAAAGUGAAGGAGAAGAACAAGAGCAAGAAGAGGACAGUGAAAGUUCUGAAGACGAAGUGCUCAAAAGCAUUGUGAAGUUACCUAUAGUAGUGCCACGGCAAAGUGGCAAACCGUACAGUCAUGAACUAAGUCAAUUAAAAACAAAAAAGAGCAAAUCUAAAGACUCUAAUAAAGAGAGACGGACUCAUGCAGUGAUACCAUGUAGUGGCAAGCCGCGGUCCAUGUUGGGCAUUUGUAGUUCACGUAGCAAAAAGAAAUCGAAGAAGUCUGAGUGUGCUCCCACAUAUCACAGUCAGAUAGUGGACACAACUACUAACUUAAAAAUUAAAAUUAAGAGAACAAGUGCCCCUGAUACUAUAACUCCAACUCCAACAUCAAUUGCUGAUCUUGGUCAGAGGAAAUCGAAGAAGAAGCGGGCGGCUUCCCCUGUGGCCAGUGAGAGUUCAGGGGAGGAAUACGAUCCUUCUAAGGGUGACUCGGCGGCGAUCAGCCUCGCCACCCCGAAGCCUCGCCAGCCGCGGCCUAAAGCCCGCAAGACCAACACGUCUAAGUGUACGAAUAAAAGUGAAAAGACUGAAAGAAGUAGAGUUAGUGCAGCUGAUAACAAGGACACGGGACCCCAAAGUCCGUGGGCAGACAGAAUGCCAGAAGAGAUUCUUUUCAAGAUUUUCGACCUUGUUGUAACGACACAAGGCACAUUACCUACUGUUAUUAGGUUAGGGCGAGUGUGCAAAUUAUGGCACAGUGUAAGUUGCAGACCCGAGUUGUGGAAGAAUGUAGACCUUGCGCAAUACACGAGCGAAAAAUGCAAAACUGAUUACAAACUGUUCUGGCUCCUCGAGAAUCGAUUAUCCAAAUGUCAAAGUUUAAAUAUUGCUCAAUGGAAGGUAUGCAACGUGUCGUGGGUACUAGCGUGUGUGGCGGACUACUGUCCAGGGUUGACGGAACUCAGCGUCGCUGGCUGGUGCCGCAUCACGCCUGAACAACUGUUUGAGCUCGUGCAGGGACUGCCCAAGUUGCAGCGAAUUGAUCUUUCACUUACAUCGGAGACUGGCGGGUCGAGCACGUGUCUGUCGGCUGUGUCGAUGGCGCGGCUGUCUGAGAACUUCGGCUCCCGGUUCACACACCUCACGCUGGCUAACAACAAGUUCACUGCGCUACCGCAAAUACUUUCUUCAGUUGCGGCGCAUUGUAUAAACCUGGAGGUGCUGGACAUAUCUGGCGCGCAAGCCACGUCUCACCCCGCGGCCGUGCCACUGGAGGCGUUGCAGAAAGGAUGUCCCAAAAUGCGAGUCUUCCGAGCUGCCAACUCACAACUGGUUCUCGCUUCUGCUACUACUUCACAACAGAUGGAAUCCCCCGGUUGGACGCAGUUAGAAGAGCUAUCAAUAGCGGGGGAAGCGGCAGCUGGUGGUAGCAUGGUGGUGGGCGUGGGGGAGUAUCGACUGGGAGACGAGGCGCUGGCGAGGCUGGUUCGCGCGGCCACGCGGCUGCGGCUGCUGGACCUCAGGGGCCUGCAGCGGCUUACUGACUCCGGGCUCGUGCGCGUGCCUGCCUGGGACCUGCAGCAUCUGUUCCUUGGAGGCUGCAACGUGACGCGACAAAGCAACGCGUGUCUGGAGUUAAUCUGCGAGAAGUGGUCGCAUAGCCUUAUAGAGUUGGAUCUGUCGUGGGCUUCCGCGCACCGCGUGCUGGAUGACGCCGUCCGCGCCCUCGCCGACUCCACUAACAGCAAGCUUAAAAUAUUAAAUCUGUGCGGAUCGUCGGUAUCUUUGGAACCAGUUAAAAAGGUGCUUAUGAAAUGUCCACUUUUAGAGUCUUUAAAUCUGAGUUCGUGUCGCGCUUUACCGAGAGGCAUGAAGCGACUGUACACGGGAAAGGAACUUCAAGACCUCAAGGACAGUUUCGAUCCAGAAAAGGCAAAAACCAAAGAAGAAUCUGAAGACGACAAGCCUAAGAAAAAGAAAGAUGUCAAGAAGAAAGAGGCUGAUUCCAAAUCUGAAGAUACGGCAAAAGAGUCCCCGAAAGACGAUAUCUCUGAGAGUUCCGGCUCUCAGACAGACACGCACUCGAAGGACAAGUCUUCCUCGGCCGUCUUCCAGGAGCCAAAGAGUGUCUCAGACGCGGAAACCAAUUUGCCUGAUAAGACGUCAGUGACUGCCAAAACUGCUACCGGAGGCGGUGCUGAACUUUCUACAAGCAAGAUCAUGGAUAUGAUGAGCCCCGCAACAGACGGGAGACACUCUAUCAGAGAUGCCACACCUAAAUUGUUAAGUCCUGUUCCUGAAUCCAAACCUGACUCAUCUUCCACUCCUAGAUCAGACCCAGGGAAAACGGAAUUCGGUAGUCCACAUUUCAGUCCUGUGCCUAAGCCUGACAGUCAAGUACAAAAUAGUCCCGAAGUUCAACCAGAAUCCGUGAAAAGUAACAGUUCUUGGAAUUUAGGCCAGUUCAAAACUACGCCUACGCACAAAUCUGAAGCGAGUCCUUUGAAUAGAUUAGAGAGUCAUAGUAAAGCUAAACAUGGCAAAGUUAUAGAACAGUGUAGUCCAACAACUUCUCUAGAAAAUAAACCUAGCCCAGAAACAUUAGGUGUUAAGCAAGAUAUAAAAAAUCCUAAUAGCUAUUAUGGUAGUUACAGUCCCAUGCCCAGGCAAGAUACGCCUUUCUCUUCCCAAAGAAGCCCAUAUUCAGCCCAACCGAGUCCAGCUCAGCCAAGUCCAUACUCAACGCAACCCAGCCCCUACUCCACCCAGCCCAGCCCAUACUCCUCACAGCCUAGCCCAUAUUCUGCACAACCCAGCCCUGACACUAGUCAGAUUGUCAAGCAAGAUUUGCAGAAAUCUGGUGCUUGGAACACUGGUAAUUUCAGCCCAAUGCCGAAACAUCACACACCAUUCUCCCCUCAUCCUUCAACGCACACCAGUCCCGAUCCUGGACUAGGUGUAAAGAGUGAUAGCCUUAGGAGUAGUUCUAACAAAACACCCGGCCAAUACAGUCCCAUGUCAAGACAGGAUCGUCUACAUCAGAGCCCUUAUUCACCUAGACCUAGUGUAGAAACUGCGCCAUACAGCAACAAGAAAAGUCCUGCCAGCGUAGGUAACUAUAGUCCUAUGAUGCGAGCGGAUUGUAUACUCCCUAGUCCGGAUGGAUCGCAACCUACGCGAAAUAUGUUAACCGGGAGAUCCCAAGACAUGUACAGCCGGCCGAUGUCUAAAGUACCAGAAGUCGUCCACAACGUUCCGCCAUCCGAUGUUGCUGGCGCGUGGGGCAUCGACAGGUUCAACCAAAUGAGUGCUUCGGCGAUUGGGUUGGACCAGCUGGGAUGGGGCGCAUCUCCGUUUGGCGCGGAGCCACAGUCGCGCGCAGACAACAUUCCCGCCAUACACAACGCGCCGCCGACGCAGGCGUGGCCCACCACCGGAUUGCCUUCAUUCGACUCCGGCGUACGUAGACGCACCGACGAAGUGAGUAAUCCUUGGACGUUGCCAUCGGGCGACUUUAGUGUGAACCAGCCUCAAGUGCACAACACGUUUGUGGAGCAAGCUGUGAACUUUGAUACGUUGAGUGCUCACGUUAGCCACCAGACUCAUAUGUUACAGAACUAUUUGGACGAUAGUUUCACUGAGAGUUCGCGCGUCGACUGACGCCCUCAUUGUGUAUGGCGAUCUCUUAUCGCUACUGUGACUUCGACCAAACUGUGUUUGAUGAAACAUAGACACACCUUUUCCUUACGGAUUUGGGUGACCUUUUAAUUAAUAUUGAACAAUUAUCAUAUAGUAGAGAUUGUAAAUAAGAUUAUCUAAAUAAUUAAAGUUUAAGAGUAACGAAGCUAGAAUUGCAUUAAAAUUAUUUUGCGGCAUAGUUUAUGAAAACGAUAAGAUGCGCAGAUAGUAUUAGGAGCUAUUACUAAAUUCACUUUAAUUUAAAUUUUGUUGGAUAUACUCACAAGUUAGGUUUUAUAGUAAUUCGUUAUGUGAAUGCCAAAAUAUUUUCGAAUACUAAGGCCAAAAUGCAUAUUUAUUUUAAAUUCUAUAAUUUUGUAUUAGCAUGGGAAGACAAGUUUGCGUGCGUUUUAUUUUAUUUUUGGAUAAGUAAUUUUUAUAUCUUUUUGUGUUUAGACUCUUUUAUAUUUCCCUGGCUCAACUGAUUUCUGAUAUAUUUAGCAAUUAUUAAGUUAGAUAAUCUAACGUUCCAAACCAAGCCAUAUGUACUGAGAAUAAUGAUUCGUUAUAUGAACAUUCCUUUUAAAUCUCAGACUCAAUUAUUUACAUGUAACUUAUUAAACAAUGCAAAAUGAUUCUUAAAACAAGUAUUGAUCGAUAUUUUAAUGAAGCAGCUAGUAUAUUUUAUAUGUAAUGGCAGGAAUAUCUUUUUUAAAUGUACUUCUUUUUAUGGCCUAGAUAGUUUAAAAAUCGGGUUUUUAAUCAAUUUUUAUUUAUUUAUGAUCUGAGUUUUUUUUUCUAGAAAAUGAAAUAUGUAUUAUUGUAGAUAUCUAUUGUUGGUAUUGCUCCGUUCUGAUGAUUGAAAUUAAUGUUAUUUGUCUGGAAGUGGAUGAAGGCUUUUUAGAUGCAGAAAGUACAUAUUAUAUUGUUUACAUCUUCCUAAAUAUUAAAAAUUCCAGCAACACUCUUGGCAGCUUUCACCUAUUUCUAGCAAAAAGUCAAAGUAAUUUGUUAUUGUAACAUCAUGUUUGCAAAUUAGGUUUCAAUUAUCAGAGUGGUGCAUGAUUUUAGAAGAAUAUUGAUGUCAUCUGUUUGUCAACCAACCAAUAUUAAAUAUUAUAUAGAGUUGUUUUUGAAUGGUGCAAGGGAAUCUGAACGCUUCUAUCUCUUAAAGUUUCACAUGUUUGUACUGCUUUUAUAUAACUACGUUGCUUUUUAAUUAUUACGAAUGAGACUUUAUCGGCGGUGUACUACUCAUGUCAAAAUGUGGUUUUGUAAACGAUAUCCACCUUACUUUGCAUUGACUGUCAUUCACCAUCGGAUGGAACGCGAUAGAUGUCUUCUUACAAAUAAAUAUAAAUUAGAGAUAAGCGUUUAUUUUUCCUCGCCCUACAUAUAAGAGUCUUCUUUACAAUAUUCCGGGUUUCAUGUUAACAUCAAUUGUUAAGAGCCAAGUACAAAGUGCUUUACUACAUAAGUACUUCAUGUUGUAUUUAAAGAUACCCAUUUAAACCACCAAAUAUUGUUUCCAAUACCUACAUUAGCCUUAAAAAUCGCCUAAUGUUUAACUGAAGAGAAUAUUUUAUAGUUUUAUUAACUUAUUACGAAAUGAAAAAUUAUUAUCUACCUACUAUAAUAGAGUGUAUAAAAUAAAUUAGGUAAAUCUAAUUAUGUAAUGUCAAUCGUGUACUAUAGCAUGUAUAAAAUAAAGUUGACUAAUACAUGUAAGUUCUGUUAUGUAGAGAUUUUUGUUUGUAAUAUUGUUAAAUUACUGUGUGGACUUCAGGUGGUCCAAUUUUUAUAACCUAACCAAUAAAAUAUCGAUGUGGUUGUACAUUUACAUUUUUAAUAGAAUGUACUCUAUUUAUUAAAU